AUGUCGAGGAAACUCCCAGCCAACAUCAUCACCUACAUGCCCCAUGAGGGCCCCAGCGUCAUGCCGUCGCCAAUGGUCGCGCCCAAGCCGCUCCUCACUCUUCUUCCUCACCCGGACAAGGAGGCGCCGCCGUGUCCACCUCGCCCUGCCCUCCCUCCCCCACCAAAGGGCUGGACGAGCUCGCUGCACGCCGCUCCCGCCGCGUACCCCAAGGGCGUUGCCGAGGCGUACGGAAACCUCUCCCGCUCCUCCCGGCCGUACGAGUCUGGGCCCCCACCAGCCAACGAGACGAAAGAGCAGCGCAAGAAGCGACUGUACGACGAGUCGAACCGUUGCGUCAAGCUCCGCGAGGACGCGUACGAGUGGACUAUCGAGGAGGCCAAGGCCCAGGCGCCGAAGAAGGGCCAAUGGCUUUGUGUGGAGCGUUGGAGGCGCGACAAGCCUGUCGGCGGCGCCACGCUCGUAGUCACCCAUGCCAACGGUCUGAUCAAGGAGCACUGGCACGUCGUUCUCCGUGAUGUUCUCGCGCGUGACCCCAAGCUCCCCGGCACCAAGUUUGGCACGGGUCUGCCUCUUCAUCACCCGACCAACAUCCAGUUUGACGACAUCUGGAUGAUCGACGACAUGAACUCGAACAUGUCCGCCGACCUGAACGGUGGUCUGCUGGGUCCCGUCCAGCUGUGGUCUGACGACUCACGCGAUUUCCUCAACUUUGUGCGCCACGUGCUUCCCGGCGCGCGCGCUCUCGGCGAUGCCCCGGCUCCAUGGCACUUGAAGUGGACCGAAGCCCCGGACUCGCCGCAGCCCGUCAUCGGCAUGGGCCACUCGUUUGGCGGCAACGGUCUCGUCCAGGCCUCAAACGAGUUCCCGGGCCUCUUCUCGGCCCUCUUCCUCGUCGAUCCCAUGUGCCCGCCUCACACCGUGGCGGUCGGGUCGGGCAUCGCCGCGUACGACCUCACGGCAGGCGCCCUCAAGCGCCGUGACGUAUGGCCGUCGCGCGACGAGGCGCGCAAGGCAAUGCGCUCGUCACCCUUCUGGGGCAGCUGGGACGACGACACGUUCGAGAUCUGGAUGUCGCACGGUGUCAUCCCGCUCGACUAUGCCAAGCCCGACGGACCCGUCACCCUCGCCAUGCCCAGCUGGUGCGAGGGCGCCAUCUUCUGUGAGCCCAAGGGCUUUGGACAAGGGUGGGAUAAGCUGGCCAACCUGCCCUUCCCCGUCGGCUUCCUCAUGGCCAACAAGCCCAUCGCUACUCUGGGCGAGGUGGUCACGAGCGAAAUGGUGUGGCGCCCCAGGCUCGCGCGCGUGGAGCAGGUCACGGAUGCUGGACACCUUAUUACCCAGGAGAAACCUCACACCACUGCCGACGCGCUGUGGCGCUUCCUCACCACACUCCAGGCUGGCGAGUGGGGUAACUCGCCUGAAGAGAUUCGCAAGGAGUGGGCAGUGUGGCGCGAGGACCGGGCCAAGCUCUAG